UAGUACGUGUCAUCGUGGUGUGCUCAUCAUGUUUAUCUAAUCUCUCUUUUACUUAUCAUAUUAAAAAUUUGUUAACAAUUCACAGUGAUAAGAGCGCGAAAACAACUGAUAUACCGCAGUGUCUUUUGAGUUGUUCAACGUUGCGAGAGAGUGUAAUCGAUUAAAAAGCUUGUCGACAUAAGUAUAGAGCAUAUAUGCUACUUACAGUGGAUGCGAGCACACACGUGUUGUUGUCGAGCAACCCCCCGACCUGACUCAAGUGCAUAUGGGUCGGUAUACGAAUUGCGAUGUGGUGCGCGAUCAGUAUUUAUUUCAAUAAUCGCUUAUAAGACUAAAGUGGGUAAGAAAAGUAGAGCGCACAUUACUGCACAUUUCACUUAGGAGCAAGUUGUCGAUCAAAAACCGUAGAAGAUGUCGGGCAAGGGUAAACAGCACUCGAAAAAGUCGAUGGUCAAAUCGCGUGACAGUGGCAAGCUGGCCCAGCAACAACAACAGCAGCAGCACCAUCAUUAUCACAGUACUCACCACCACCAAGUCCAUCACCAUCACCAUCAUCAGCAGCAGCAGCAGCAAUCGGUUGCGGCACACUCGGACACGAGCUCCGAGGGCUCGGAGAUGAUCAACAUACCGGUAAUCAAGCUGGAGGAGACCAUGAAUCUUCUGCCCAAAUAUCACAGUAUCCUACAGAGAAAUCCCGAGGAUGGAAUCAGCAUGGAGGAUCUGGACACUUUGCAAGGAGAGCUGGAGAUCUUGCUCUCGUCCGCAGUGGUGCGCAAGAGAACUCUACAGGAGGAAAUUAUAAAUUUGUCAGCGUCCGAAGAGCGCAGGGACAGGAGGUCCAAGAGUAGCAAGAGUUUGGCUUUGAUCGAGAAGAAACUGAGAGAUGACAAGCUCAAGCCUAAGGAUAUUGGAGUAAAGUCCCAAUCUCCAUUGCCUGCAAAACUGUUGAAGCAACGGGCCAGUGGGAGCGCGGCUAAUCAAGUAGUGCCCAAUCCUCACGAGAUUCUCAGAGUGGAGGGCUCAAAGUCGGAUGUUCACAUGAAACCAAAAAAUGACACUUGUAACAAGUUCUGGGCUUCCGUGGAUCCUUACUGUACGGACAUCACACCAGACGAUAUUAAACUAUUAGAGGAGCUCAUAGCCAGUCACAGCGAUCUUGGGGAAUAUAAGACGAUUCCACCACUGGGACGUCAUUACAGUCUUGCAUGGGCACAUAGUGAUUUGAUGCAAGAGGAGGAAGCUGGAAAUCCAAAUAAAGAGAAAAAGAAGAGCAAAGAUAUAGGUCUCUUGCUGGCCAAAGGAGAAAAAAAAGCCAAUGGUAUUGCCGGUCCCUUAACCCAAAGACUAGUCUCUGCACUUCUGGAGGAAAAUGUUUACGUGGCAAAUAACAACUCUGACGGAAAGUUAUUCCGAGAUGGAGAUUCUCCAGUUCUGAGGGAUUUGUCGAUACAAAAUUCGAUGAACCUCGAAAUGAGAAUGCACAAGGAAUUGGUGGAGCAAGGGAUUUUAGAACCAGACAGUCAGAAAAAAAAUCCCGAAGACGACGAGAUACUGACAGAAAUUAAGAGAUGCCAAAGGGAGUUGAUGGCCCUUUCUAGUCACAAUCAAAUUCAGUUGAAGAAAUUGUUGCAUUUAGCCCAGGAAGAAAGCAAAAGGCAGGCACUAAAACGCAAAAUUGCGGCAGUAGAUAACGAGGUUGUAGAGCAUUACGAAAAAUUGCUUCAGGCCAAGCAGAGAAAAAUUCCAUUGACCAAGAAAGAGACGGAAAAGGCAUGGGCUAGUCUCAAGGAAAGGGAAAAUCUUCUUGAGCAGCUUAACAUGCUACCAGCAAAUAGCAUUGGAGAACCUGUUGUUGCGAACAACACUGCGACGUAGUGCCAGUUUUAUAUUGGUUGUAUAAAAAAUUUUGAUUCAGUUAUUAAGAAUCUCGAUUUUCCAUGCUGAUAAACUGUUAUGAAAGUUUUAUACAUGCAGUCAAGGCUUUGAUUAAUGUAUACAAUUUACAAGUCUUUUAGAGUUUAUGAUCGCAGAUUUUAAAAGAAUGUAUUCAUUGAUGCAUCUUAUUUAAUCAAUAUCAAGAUCUUAGAAAAAUAAUGUAUGCGUCAUUACUCAAGACUGCGGUUUUAAUUAUCACGCAUUGUACAGAAAACCAUUUUUUGGCACAAUUGUUAAUCUUCAAAAUGCUUUAAAUUAAAGUAUGCAUAUAACUAGUGAAAAUAAAGUAGGGUAUUAUAUUUGUGAUCAUUUUUAAAUUUCGGUUAAAAUUGAAGUACACUUGACCCAAACUGUAAAAUUAUUUAAAUCACAAAUAUAUGGAAAUGGCACUCAGCAGUUUUUUAAUGUUACUCGAGAAUUGGGAAUUAUGAACAUUUCAUAACUCUAUCAUAAGUAAUCAGCUAUACACCUUUUUCCAAGGUUACUUUGCAUUUAUAGAUUACAAGUCCAGGAGUGUGAACUCAAUUACUGCGAGACUUAUUUUUCAUGUUUUUAGAUGUGCACCAAAUUGUUAUAGUUUGUAUGAAUCGAUAGUUGAUGAAAAUAAAAAAAACAUAGGGCCUUGUACCAUAUAUACUUAAGCUUCCAAAUAAGUUUAAGCGAUAAUCUAAUCUUAAAUUGUCAUGCCAUUUGUGU